GUAAAAUCCCUCGUGUACAUGUGACUCACCAUUGAUUGAAAUAGCUCGUGGGUAUCGGUAACGAGGUAGUGAAUCCGCGUGUAAUUUCAAGUUUUCUGUGAAAAACCCAUCGGACAAAUGUCGUGGCUCUUGGGUUCACGUUAUCAGCAACAGUCCCAGGACUUUUCUCAGUAUGCACAGCCACCGGCAGCGGGUUCGGGAGGCGGUGCCGGGGAUCCUGGGGAUAAUGGACCCUCGAAAAACGUGGGGAAACCGCAAAUGGACGCCUACAGAUUUGACUCCAGUGCUCUGGAGCGGGCGGCCGCUGCUGCCAAAGAGCUCGAGAAGUCACCCCACGCCAGAGAGGCCCUCGAGCUGACAAAGCUCCAGGAAUCAACAAAGCAAGCUGAGAUAAUGUCCCGAGCCAAAGAGUACGAAGCGAACAUCGAGCAUUUGAAAAUAGAGCAGAAACGCGUGGAAGGUGAGGAGCGAAGAAAAACAGUGAGCGAAGAGACUAAACAGCACCAAAUGCGGGCCCAGUACCAGGACUCCCUAGCAAGAAAGAGAUACGACGACCAGCUAGGCCAGCAGCAAAGAAUGAACGACGAGAAUUUACGGAGACAAGAGGAAUCCGUAGCUAAACAAGAAGCCAUGAGGAAAGCCACCAUCGAGCACGAGAUGGAACUGAGGCACAAGAACGAAAUGAGAAAGUUAGAAGCUGAAUUGAAGGCAAAAGCCAAAGUGGAUCGUGAGAAUCAGGACCUGAAUCUCGAGCAGAUCAGACUGAAAGCCUCGGAGAACAGAGUCACUGUCUUGGAGUCCAUCAAGACUGCUGGAUCGGUUUUGGGGGCUGGGGUGACAUCACUCCUUCAGGAUUGGGACAAGAUAUUGGCGGCUGCUGGUGGUCUGUCUCUGGUGGCACUUGGGGUUUACACCGCCAAGGGAUCGACUGGUGUUGCCAGUCGUUACAUCGAGGCUCGACUGGGCAAGCCCUCGUUAGUUCGAGAAACCUCGAGGUUCUCAGCCCUAGACGUCAUUCGUCAUCCCAUCAAGAGUGUCCAAAAACUGAGGGAGAAGCCCUCUGACGCACUGUCAGGUGUCGUUCUAGCUCCAAAACUCGAGGAGAGACUCAGAGAUGUUGCUAUAGCCACGAAGAAUACCAAACACAAUAGGGGAAUGUACAGGAAUAUUCUCAUGCAUGGCCCACCUGGCACUGGUAAGACCAUGUUUGCCAAGAAGUUGGCACAACACUCGGGCAUGGAUUACGCGAUAUUGACUGGUGGAGAUCUGGCACCUCUUGGGAGGGACGGGGUCACUGCUAUUCACAAAGUCUUCGACUGGGCCUCGACCUCGAGAAAAGGACUUCUUCUGUUUAUCGACGAGGCUGAUGCCUUCCUGAGGAAGAGGUCCAGUGAACACAUCUCGGAGGACCUCAGGGCCAUGCUCAAUGCUUUUCUCUACAGGACUGGCGAGCAGAGCAGCAAGUUCAUGCUGGUGCUGGCGUCUAAUACACCUGAGCAGUUUGACUGGGCUGUUAAUGAUCGACUUGAUGAGAUGGUCGAGUUCCAGUUGCCUGGGGUCGAGGAGAGGGAACGCCUUAUUAGACUCUACUUCGAUAAGUUUGUGCUUCAGCCAGCUACGGAGGGCAAGAGGAGGCUCAAGGUUGCUCAGUUUGAUUAUGGAGCACUUUGCGUCAAAAUGGCGGAGAUCACUGAGGGCAUGUCUGGGAGGGAACUCUCGAAACUUGGGGUUGCCUGGCAGGCUGCUGCCUAUGCCUCGGAGGACGGGGUGCUGACGCAGCAGAUGGUUAUUGAUAAGUGUCUGGAGGCUGUUAAACAACACAAGCAAAAGGUCCAAUGGCAGAGUGAACAGGAGAGGCAAGAGUCAAAAUCCAUCUACGCCGAAUCAAGCAAUACGACAGACUCAAAAACUGAAAAACCAGAGCUCCUUUCAAUCGAACCUGCCCCAAAAUCCGAAAGACUAGCCACCGCCUAACACUGGGCACCCAGCAUUUACUAGCUUUGAUCCAAUGCAACAAAUACCAGUCCAAAACGAUGGAAAAUCACCCUAUGUCUACGUUAUUGUAUAUAACAAUUGCGAAUUUAAGAAAAAUUCCAUUUACUGAUUUUCAAUUGUAAAUGGUCACGAAGCAGAAGCUCCUACUCGUUAAUUCCAUUCAAUUUUAUAUAUAGUUUUAUGUAUUAGGUAUGCAAAAAUAUUAACGAAUUGUUCACUUGAUUAUUUUCCAAUGGAUAUUUACCUCGAUGGCAAUCUGUUGACGAUUAUUACUGUUACUGCAAGAUUUUACAUGACAAAGGUAAACUUUGCUGUCGGAGUAAUUGUCCGGUAGAUGAACAGUACAGCUGAGAAAUAAUUUAUGACAGUCCAGAAAAUAUAUUAUGGAAUUAGUUGUUAAUUAUGAUUGAAAUUGAUCAUCGGGGCAUGACGUUUUGUAGUGUGAAUUUACUUUUUUAUGUAAAAAAGAUGUAAUUAAUGAAGGAUAUGUUUUACGUUCGAGUUUGGACUGUUUUUCUUACACAUCACAUCUUCCCUUUUCGUUAUUAAUCAGCCGCGAAAUGUAAAUAGUCUCAAAAUACAUUUUGUUCAUUU